UCACCCGUGGCCAUAGAUGGCGCUGUAAACCUGCAUGUGACCGCAGGGCAACAGGCUGUUUGGUCUCAGGGUUUUCCGAAGCUAAUCAUCUAAACCUGCCAGAUCUGUGUAACAAUGGACCCACCAAAAUACACGAGUAAAGGUGUCAGCACGGGUACAACCAUAAUUGCAGUAAAGUACAAUGGAGGUGUUGUCAUUGGUUCUGACUCCAGGGCCUCCAUGGGUGGGUCAUAUGUGUCAUCCAAAGUCAUUAACAAGCUGAUACAGGUUCAUGAUCGGAUAUAUUGCUGCAUCGCUGGCUCAUUGGCAGAUGCACAGCAUGUCACAAGAGUGGCCAAAUUUCAAUUGUCUUUUCACAGUAUACAGAUGGGAUCUCCUCCUUUGGUGAAAGCUGCAGCUACUGUGUUGAAGGAGCUGUGCUACAGCAAUAGGGAAGAUCUACAGGCUGGUUUCAUCACAGCAGGUUGGGACCAGAAGAAAGGACCACAGGUCUACGUAGUAUCUAUGGGAGGUAUGCUGAUAAGUCAGCCCUUUACCAUCGGUGGUUCUGGUAGCACAUAUGUCUACGGCUACAUGGACGCUAAGUACAAACCAGAUAUGAGCAGAGAGGAGUGCGUUCAGUUUAUAACAAAUGCUUUGGCACUGGCUAUUGGCAGAGAUAACGUGAGUGGUGGCAUCGCUCAUUUGGUGGUGAUUACUGAAGGUGGAGUUGAACAUGUGGUUGUUCCUGGUGAUAAAUUACCCAAGUUCAGUGAUGAAUAAAUGAUAAUAAAAACACAUGAGUAACCACUAUGAAACUACUGUGAUAUUCUGAAAUGGUAGAGAGAGUACACUAAAGUAGUAUACUUAUUCAUGAAAAUUUGCAAAGACAAAAAAACUGUAGAGAUAGAGAACCUAUUCAGUGAAUAAGAAUAAAUUUGUCCUUCGUGGGUAUAUGUUCUAAAUGAGAUUUUCUAAUAAAAUUUCUUUUUCAAGAAAAUGAA